GAGAGAGAAACGCGCUUCAAAAUGAGACCGCCUCAUCGGAAGACUAAAGCCCGGAUUAAAGUUGUGUAUGUUAUGUAUACACGACAUGCACAUAUAUAUAGUCAAUUUUUAUAGUCAAAAUUCAACGACCAGUGUGUUAAAAUAAGAUGAAGAGCGAAAAUCGAUCGAAAGAAUGAAAUUCGCAGCCAGUCGUUCUAAAUUCAGUGGCUAACCAGUGGCUGACUCCUGAAGAUGCGUCAGCUGUUUGUCAGCUGAUCAGCAUAACAAACACGUCAUCGCCGGUGAUCGCUCGCGCUUUAGAACCCGAUUACUUGCGUUUUGCGAGCACGUGCACGAGCUGCGUUGCACGAAAAAACUUUAUGCGUAAAGUCAUGAAGUCGUUUCGCGAGAUUCUUUCGAACGCGAGCAACGUCCUAAUCUUAACCGGCAGUGGUAUCUCCGCAGAGUCCGGAGUGCCGACUUUUCGCGGUGCCGGCGGCUUUUGGCGCAAAUAUCAGGCGCAAAGUCUCGCCACCCCGGAGGCCUUCGCAGCGAAUCCGUCGUUGGUCUGGGAGUUCUACGAAUAUCGCAGACAAUUAGUGAGCAAGGUCAAAGCGAACAAGGCACACGUAGCCGUGGCGGAAUUUCAGAAGCGCAAAGCAGCAGAGGGCAAGAGAGUAUCGAUCGUGACACAGAACAUUGACGGACUGCAUCAGAAAGCAGGAGCAAAGGACGUGGUGGAGUUGCAUGGUUCACUCUACAGGACACGUUGCACCAAGUGUCACAAUGUCUCAGUCAAUGAGAAUAUUCCCAUCUGCCCAUCGUUGACAGGGAAAGGAUCACCUGACCCGGGUAUUAUGUCCUCCGAUAUACCGGUGAAAGAAUUACCGCAUUGCGAGAUCGCGAAUUGCGGCGCGUUACUGCGACCCGAUAUCAUAUGGUUCGGCGAAAAUCUGAAUGAAAAUGUACUGCAAAAAGCUUUUGAUCUCGUUGAGACUUGCGAUGCUUGCUUGGUGAUUGGAACUUCAGCGAUCGUGUACCCAGCCGCUAUGUUCGCACCGCAAGUGGCACAGCGUGAUAUACCGGUCGCAGAGUUCAAUAUAGAAGAAACACCAGCGACAAAACGAGUUCAAUAUCAUUUCCAAGGUCCCUGUACCACCACUGUGACAGAAGCUUUGGCACCUUGAAGAACACAAGUAUACAAUAUAUUUUACAUUUCUUUUUUACAAUAUUACUUACUUCACAAUAGCACACUUCUGUAUUCAGUCCGAGCUGAUUUAAAUAUUGCAACCAUAACUUUUGUUUGGUUGAGAGUGAAUCGCCAGGGCCCUUCACCUCUACAAUUUUAUACUGCAAGUAGAAAUAUAUGACGUUGUAAGGUAUACGACGUUAUAAUUUAGUAGUAGAAUUUAUUUACACACACAAAUAUAACGAUUUAAUAUAAUUUUUCAAAUUGUAAAGAAAUAGAUUCACCUGUUUUGUA